GUGGCCCAAGUAAACGUAGCUCGGUGAUCGGCGCCGGAGAUUCGCGAGCCGAGCGCCCUGCGCGGCCGCCCGCCGGCCUCCCGCCAGCCUGUCCCGACCCGCGGUUCGACCGCGGAGCGGCGCCCGAGCCAGGCUCUCGGCAGGAAACAAUGAAGGGAGACACCAGACAACUCAACAGAGAGGAGGACGCCAGCGGGAGGGAAGACUCCAUCAUCACUAACGGGGGCUGCAGCGACCAGUCUUCUGACUCCAAGGAUGCGCCCUCACCCCCCAUCCUGGAGGCUAUCAGCACCCCGGAGAUCAGAGGCCGAAGAUCAAGCUCACGACUGUCCAAGAGGGAGGUCUCCAGUCUGCUAAGUUAUACUCAGGAUCUGACGGGUGAUGGAGAUGGCGAAGGGGAAGACGGGGAUGGCUCUGACACUCCAGUGAUGCCAAAACUCUUCCGUGAAACCAGGACUCGGUCUGAAAGCCCAGCUGUCCGAACCCGAAAUAACAACAAUGCCUCCAGCCGUGAGAGGCACAGGCCCUCCCCACGCUCCACCCGAGGCCGGCAGGGCCGCAGUCACGUGGAUGAGUCCCCCGUGGAGUUCUCAGCUACCAGGUCCCUGAGGCGGCGGACAGUAUCCUUGGCAGGCACACCGUGGCCGUCCCCCGCCAGCCCCUACCUCACCAUUGACCUCACAGAUGAUGAUGUGAUGCCCCAGAGCAGCAGUACCCCCUACGCCCGCCUGGCCCAGGACAGCCAGCAGGAGAGCUUGGAGUCCCCGCAGGUGGACGCAGAAGGGACAGAUACCGACAACACCGAGUAUCAGGAUGGGAAGGAGUUUGGAAUAGGGGACCUUGUGUGGGGAAAGAUCAAGGGCUUCUCCUGGUGGCCUGCUAUGGUGGUGUCAUGGAAGGCCACCUCUAAGCGACAGGCCAUGUCCGGCAUGCGGUGGGUCCAGUGGUUUGGUGACGGCAAAUUCUCCGAGGUGUCUGCAGAUAAGCUAGUGGCCCUGGGGCUGUUCAGCCAGCACUUUAACCUGGCGACCUUCAAUAAGCUGGUGUCUUACAGGAAGGCCAUGUACCAUGCUCUGGAGAAAGCCAGGGUGCGGGCUGGCAAAACCUUCCCCACCAAUCCUGGUGACUCCUUGGAGGACCAGCUGAAGCCCAUGUUGGAGUGGGCCCACGGGGGUUUUAAGCCCACCGGGAUCGAGGGCCUCAAACCCAACAACAAGCAACCAGUGGUUAAUAAGUCGAAGGUGCGUCGUGCAGGCAGUGGGAAGUUAGAAUCGAGGAAACACGAGAACAAGACCCGAAGACGCACAGCCGAUGACUCGGCCACCUCGGACUACUGCCCCCCACCCAAGCGCCUCAAGACAAACUGCUAUAACAAUGGAAAAGACCGAGGAGAGGAGGACCAGAGUCGAGAACAAAUGGCUUUGGAUGUUAGCAACAACAAGGGUAGCCUGGAAGAUAGCUGUCUGUCCUGCGGUAGGAAAAACCCUGUGUCCUUUCACCCUCUCUUUGAGGGUGGGCUCUGCCAGACAUGCCGGGACCGGUUCCUCGAGCUGUUCUACAUGUACGACGAUGAUGGCUAUCAGUCCUACUGCACUGUGUGCUGUGAGGGCCGUGAGCUGCUUCUGUGCAGCAACACGAGCUGCUGCCGGUGCUUCUGUGUGGAGUGCCUGGAGGUGCUGGUGGGCACAGGCACGGCAGCAGAUGCGAAGCUGCAGGAGCCCUGGAGCUGCUACAUGUGCCUCCCACAGCGCUGUCACGGCGUCCUGCGGCGCCGGAAGGACUGGAACAUGCGCCUGCAGGCCUUCUUCACCAGCGACACGGGGCUCGAAUACGAAGCCCCCAAGUUAUACCCUGCGAUUCCCGCAGCCCGAAGGCGGCCCAUUCGAGUCUUAUCCCUGUUUGAUGGAAUUGCAACAGGGUACUUGGUCCUGAAAGAAUUGGGCAUCAAAGUGGAGAAGUACGUCGCCUCCGAAGUGUGUGAAGAAUCCAUUGCUGUUGGAACUGUCAAGCAUGAGGGCAACAUCAAAUAUGUGAAUGACGUCAGGAACAUCACAAAGAGAAAUAUUGAAGAAUGGGGCCCCUUUGACUUGGUGAUUGGUGGAAGCCCAUGCAAUGAUCUCUCAAAUGUGAACCCAGCCAGGAAAGGCCUGUACGAGGGCACCGGCCGGCUCUUCUUUGAGUUCUACCACCUUCUGAAUUACACACGCCCCAAGGAGGGUGACGACCGGCCCUUCUUCUGGAUGUUUGAGAAUGUGGUAGCCAUGAAGGUCGGUGACAAGAGGGACAUCUCUCGUUUCCUAGAGUGUAACCCAGUGAUGAUCGAUGCCAUCAAAGUGUCUGCUGCUCACAGGGCCCGCUACUUCUGGGGCAACCUGCCUGGAAUGAACAGGCCCGUGAUAGCAUCAAAGAAUGAUAAACUCGAGCUGCAGGACUGCUUGGAGUUCAAUAGGACAGCAAAGUUAAAGAAAGUACAGACAAUAACCACCAAGUCGAACUCGAUCAGACAGGGGAAAAACCAACUUUUCCCUGUUGUCAUGAAUGGCAAAGAAGAUGUUUUGUGGUGCACUGAGCUAGAAAGGAUCUUCGGCUUUCCUGUACACUACACGGAUGUGUCCAACAUGGGCCGUGGUGCCCGCCAGAAGCUGCUUGGGAGGUCCUGGAGUGUGCCUGUCAUCCGACACCUCUUCGCCCCCCUGAAGGACUACUUUGCCUGUGAAUAGCCCCCAGGCACCCUGAGCCCAGGAGCACUGGGGCAUGUGGGGCAGAGCCAGGACCCAGGAGGUACAGCCUCAGCUCUGCCCUUCCUUUGCUCCGCGUUGUGGGGUUGCGCCACCUAUCCUUGGCAGGAGCAGAGCCGUGCGACCCCCUCCUGGCAGGAAAAGCCUGAGGUGCUGCCUCCUUGUGCACAAUUCAGACCUGGCUGCUAGGAGUGGCCAAACACGGUGCUCGUUUUGUCUUCUAAAAUUUUUAAAACUUGAAGUAGGUAGUAAGAUGGGUUUUUUUUUUCCCCUCCCGGGUUUACCGCUCAGAGAAACAAUGGCUAAGAUACCAAAACCACAGUGCCAACAGCCCUCCAAUACUCAGGUUAAUGCUGAAAAAUCACCCAAGACAGUUAUCCCAAGACUAUGAUUUUUAAAAAACAUCUGCGGCUCCUUGUUUCCCAGGACUGCAGUGGUAGACAUGUAGCUAAGGGACAUUUUAAGGGCCCUGGAUGUUUUUCUUCCUAGGGCUAGCAGAAGAGGAGAUGAUGUCUAUGUCGUUCUUGAAUUUUCCCUAGCACAUUCCCCUGGCCUCAGUAUAAAGGGCUGGGACCCGCUGUCAGGGCCCGUGUAGAGUAUUUUCUGUAAUGAUGAUGAUUUCAGCAGGGAUGACCUCAUCAUCACAUUCAGGGCUAUUUUCCCCCCCACAGACCCACAGGGAGGACCACCCUUAGCGAUAUCCCUCCCAGUGACUGCAAUAGAACCCUCCGGGGAGCUCAGGAAGGGGUGGGCUGGGUAUAAAUUGCCAUAUAUUAUGCAGACAGGUAUGGCUUCUCGCUAUCUCCCUCUUCCCCACUAGAAGGGAACAAAGGAGUAGGCUUAGGUAAGACAUCCCUGCCCACCCCCAAAAUGCACCCUUCCAGACUACUCUGCAGGCACAGGUCUCCACAUUAGAAGUAGGAUACCCCGAUUCCUCAGCCUUUUUCUAAACUGAGAAGCAAUGACAGCCGGGGCACAAGCACAUUCCCUGCACUCUCCCCUCAUCUAAGAGAUUGCAGGGGGAAACUGCAAUAAAAGCUCGACCCUCCUUCCAGAGAUUUUAAAGUCCUUUUGUAUUCCAUGAGAAGUUGUUUUUAGGGGGAAUGGGAGGUCGGGAAAGCUGCAUUUCAGAAAUGCUGUCGUAAUGGUUUUUAACACCUUUUACUCUUCUUACUGGUGCUAUUUUGUAGAAUAAGGAACAACGUUGACAGGUUUUGUGGGAAUUUUUUUAUACACUUUUUUUUUAAAUCACAGACUUCUAUUUUUAUGUUUUAACGUUUUCAUAAAAAGUUUUUUUUUGUAACUGGAGCCACGUAACAAGUAUGGGGGAAAAUUGUGCCUUGUUUCAACAGUCUUGCUAAUUUUUAGGCUGAAAAAUGACAGAUGCCUAGAGUUUACCUUAUGUUGAAUUAAAAUCAGUAUUUCUCUAA